UGUAUGGCCAAACAAAACGCCACGAAUGCAAAACACAAUUCAAGAGAUUAUGCUAAAUCAAAACCUAUUUUCUUAGCACUUAGAAGAACCAUCCACAUGAUCACCUUACACAUACAUAUACACACACAUAUAUAUAUAUGUGUGUAAGUUCCCAUGUUACUAAGAAUCCAUAGCCAACACCUCUCCACACAUUGCUAGGUUGUCUCCCCCAUCUUCCUUAGAUUCAACUUCAUUUUUUGGCCUUUUUGUCUUCUUCUCUUAUAGAGCCUCAAAACACUAGACAAGAAUCUUUUGGCUUAUUUGAUAGUACAGAUAGAUCUUUUAGUGCUGUCCAUUUGACCAUUUUAGUUCUUUCUUGACUCCUUCUUCACACACACAAAAAACAUUACUCUAUAAAAAGAAGAGACCUCUAAACUACCUAAACAUGCAGCUUUUUCAAUGGCUUUUUAACAAGUCAACAACAAGUGAGGAAAAGGGAAAAGAAGAGAAAGACAGAGUUAUUAUUGAUCAAAAACCUAAACAAAAACAUAGCAUUGUGUUUAAACAAGAUGAUGGGGUUUUUGGGAAGUUUAAUAAUAAGAACAUCAAAUCCAAAAAAAUUGAAGGUAAUAAUAAAAAGUUUUUAAAGCUUUUUUUCCUUUGUAGAAAGGAUAUAUCAACAGCUUGCUUUUACAGCACAAUUAAUUUGAAGAGUCUUAGUAGUAAUUUUUGUUGUGACAUUGAUACAACAAGAGAUAAUUGGGUUAAGUACAAUUACUACUACUCAAUGAAGAUGAAGAAAGAAGAUAUUGGUAAUAAAGGAUUAGGAAUUGUUAUAAGUAAGGCAGAUCAAACUUCUCAUGCAGGGAACAGAGUUUUACCAAUUAGUGAAACGACAGCAUCAACUUUUACCAACAAGCAAAACGACACAAAAAAUGACUCCAAUGAAAAGAAGGUUGACACCAACACCAAGUCCAAAACCAUUUCUAGAAUGAAGGAGCUCUUGAGAUGGGCUUCUAAUGCUAAAUCAGACAAAGGAGCCAAAUUCAUGGGCAGGAAGGUUCUACUAUUUAGAAACAAAGGAGCUCUAAAAGCAGUACCAGAUGAUGAUGAACUGAGUCUCGAAUCGCCUAAAAUAAGUUUCAGAUGGGAUUUAGAAAGCUGUUCCACUACUACUUCUUCUACUUAUUCAACCAUUUCAAUGGCUACUAAUUCUUUAAAGAAUGAUCCAAAUCUAAGCAUGAUGAAACUCUCAUUAACUUCAACUAGUAAUGAUAUUGAAGUUUAUAAUUCAGACCAUCAUUGUAUCCCAAAGAAAGGAAAUUGGAUCACAACAGACUCUGAAUUUGUGGUGCUAGAGCUAUGAAGAACAAGUUUUGAAGAUGAUUUGCAUCAACUUUUGAGAAAUUGUAAUAUAAAAUUCUUGAAGAUUUUUGUUAUUAAUUAGUUUUUGUUUUUUUAACUCUUUUUUUUAGAGGUUACAGAGGAUUUGAAUGUAAACUUUAAUGUAAGGAUUUCAUGUGUACCUCCUGCACAGUUAAUUAACUUCAACAUCAAUGAGCUAUUUAAUAAUAAAAAAAAAAAAUAAUUGCAUUUUGUGAAUUCUAAAAU